AUGAGGAUGGCCGCCAGGCGCGCCGACGCCGCGCUGCUCACCGACGACAAAGGGGUGCUCUCCGGCAUCGUCACGGCCGAGGACAUAUCAGGCCGGGUGAUAGCCGAGGGUCUCAGGCCCAACGAAACAAAUAUGGCUAGGGUGAUGACGCGGAAUCCAAUUUAUGUCACAUCCAACUCGUCGGCCACCGAGGCACUCCAGAAGAUGGUCCAAGGCAAAUUUAGGCAUCUUCCUGUAGUACAAAAUGGUGAGGUCAUUGCCAUGUUGGACAUUACCAAGUUCCUCUGCGAUGCAAUUUCAAGAAUGGAGAAGGCAGCCGAACAAGGCAGUGCUAUAGCAGCAGCUAUGGAAGGGGUCGAACAGCAGUGGGGAAAUGAAUUUGCAGGUUUGCACGCAUUCAUAGAAAAUCUUCGAGACCAGAUGUUCAAGCCUUCCUUGUCAACUAUCAUUACUCAAAACAGCAGUGUUCCAGCGGUAUCUCCUUCAGAUCUAGUAACUGUAGCUGCCAAAAAGAUGAGAGAGCACCGAGUUAACUCGGUGGUUGUCAUGACAGGGAACAUCUUACAAGGAAUUAUCACUUCCAAGGAUUUGGUUUUGCGAGUAGUGGCACAAAGUCUGUCCCCAGAGGCGACACUCAUAGAAAAGGUCAUGACGGCAAGUCCUGGCUGUGCUACACUGGACACAUCAAUCCUCGAGGUUCUACAAUCGAUGCAAGAUAGAAAAUAUCAUCAUAUUCUUGUUGCAGACAAAAGAGGGCAGAUUGUCGCCUGUUUGGACACUCUACAGUUAACCCACACAGCCAUCUCCAUGGUCGAGGGAGCCUCUGGACCAAACGAUGUGGCAAAUACCAUGGUUCAGAAGUUCUGGGAUUCAGCACUUGCCUUGCAUGCUUCAGAGGAGAAUGACUGGCAUAGUGACGAAUCUCGUACGGCAGCCUCAGAUAGUGCUGAAGGGAAGCAAACACCCCCUCAUGUUGGCAAUGCAUUCUCUUUCAAAAUUGAAGACAGAAAAGGGCGAAUGCACAGAUUCAGUUGCGUUUCAGAAAGCUUAGAUGAGCUUGUGUCUGCUAUUGCAUACAGAUUAGGAACAGAAAACAAGAAGGCAAAUGUAAAUCUUCUGUAUGAUGAUGAUGAAGGUGACAGAGUUCUUCUGGCUACCGAUGGUGAUCUCGUUGCAGCGAUUGAGCAUGCCAGAUCAGCUGGAUGGAAGGUUCUGAGGCUGCACAUGGACGAUGGGCCAGAGACCGGCGCAGAGUCCACACCGACGUCAUCUUUAGAUACUUUGAUAACAAGGAGAGGCUGCUCGUCCCUCCGGCUAGGUAGAGUGGCCGGCGCAGCUGCUUUUGCCGGCGUCAGGGUAAUUGUCUACUUGAAAUGCUCUCGGCAAUGA